AUGGCGUCGUUUCUCGAAAACGCAUACAGCUUGGUCCACCAGGACAACACGGCGGACCAGCCGUCGUUGCAGGACUUGAAGAUGCAGCUGGAAAAAGGCACCGACGAGACCAAGCAGGAGACCAUGCGGAGAAUUAUUAUAAUCAUGCUCAAUGGCGACCCAAUGCCUCUGCUACUCAUGCACAUUAUUCGUUUUGUUAUGCCUUCGAAGAACAAGGCUCUGAAGAAGCUUCUCUACUUUUACUACGAAAUAUGCCCGAAACUUGACUCCACCGGGAAACUGAAGCAAGAAAUGAUCUUGGUUUGCAAUGGCAUUCGAAAUGACUUGCAGCACCCUAACGAAUACAUCCGAGGAAACACCCUCCGCUUCCUCUGCAAACUUCGCGAGCCUGAACUCAUCGAGCCUCUCCUCUCGUCCGCUCGCUCGUGCCUCGAACACCGUCACGCCUACGUGCGAAAGAAUGCUGUGUGGGCUGUGUCUUCUAUCUACCAACACUCCGAGUCCUUGAUCCCCGAUGCCCCAGAACUCAUUCAAGCCUUCCUCGGUUCAGAGAACGACCACACUUGCAAACGAAAUGCUUUCGCCGCUCUCAUGUCCAUCAACCACCAGAAAGCUUUGGAAUACCUCAGUGAAACGUUCGACAGCAUCCCAAAUGCCGACGAACUGUUGCAAUUAGUUGAGCUUGAGUUCAUUAGAAAGGAUGCCGUGCAAAAUUCGCAGAACAAGGCAAGAUAUCUGCGAUUGAUUUUCGACUUGCUAGAUGCAUCUGCAAGCACGGUCAUCUACGAAGCUGCUACAUCGCUCACAGCUCUUACCAGCAACCCCGUGGCAGUUAAAGCCGCCGCGUCAAAAUUGAUUGAGCUCAGUAUUAAGGAAGCCGACAACAAUGUCAAACUUAUCGUCCUUGACAGAGUGGAUCAAUUAAGAAUCAGAAACGAGGGGGUUUUGGACGACUUGACCAUGGAGAUCUUACGUGUGCUCUCCAGCCCGGAUAUUGAUGUUCGCCGCAAAGCGCUCGGCAUUGCUUUGGAGAUGGUUUCGAGCAAGAACGUGGAGGAAAUUGUGAUGCUCUUGAAGAAGGAGCUUGCAAAGAAUGUAGACGAACAGUACGAACAGGCCAGCGAGUACCGACAAUUGCUCAUCCAAUCCAUUCAUCAUUGUGCCAUCAAAUUUUCAGAGAUUGCCGCCAGCGUUGUCGAUUUACUCAUGGACUUUAUUGGCGACUUCAACAAUAACUCCGCAGUAGACGUCAUUUCCUUCGUCAAAGAGGUUGUCGAGAAGUUCCCGGCACUGCGGCCAUCUAUAAUCGAGCGUCUUGUGGCGACACUUAGUGAAGUGCGAGCUGGAAAGGUUUACCGCGGUGUCCUUUGGGUUGUUGGAGAGUACUCUCUGGAAGCCAAUGAUAUUCGCGAAGCUUGGAAACGCAUCAGAGCUAGCCUUGGAGAGAUCCCUAUCUUGGCCUCAGAGCAGCGUUUGCUGGAUGAAGUUCCCGACGAGAAUGCUCCAAUUUCUGACCAAGUCAACGGCCAUGCUAAGCCUGCCGCCCCCAGUGGAUCACGCAAAGUCCUUCCUGACGGAACAUAUGCCACUGAGAGCGCCUUGACAAGCUCAUCCGCCGCCGCUGCUAAAUUAGAAGCCGUGAAGGCCGCCCAGAAACCUCCCCUGCGCCAGCUCAUUUUAGAUGGUGAUUACUACCUCGCAACAGUUCUAUCCUCAACCUUGACAAAGCUGGUCAUGCGCCACUCGGAGGUUUCUCAAGAUACCGCACGUACCAAUGCCCUCCGCGCCGAGGCCAUGCUUAUCAUGAUCUCGAUCAUUCGCGUUGGUCAGUCACAAUUUGUGAAGGCCCCGAUUGACGAGGACUCGGUUGAUCGUAUCAUGACUUGUGUGCGCUCUCUCACCGAAUUUUCUGAGCGAAAGGAGCUUGAGAGUACUUUCUUGGAAGACACACGAAAGGCAUUUAGGACAAUCGUGCAAACCGAAGAGAAGAAACGAGCUGCAAAAGAAGCCUCGGAGAAGGCCAAAGCUGCCAUUCAGAUUGACGAUGCUAUUCCCAUCCGGCAAUUGGCUAAGAAGAAUGCGGGAGAAGGAACUGAUGAAAUUGAAAUGGAUCUUAUGAAAGCCACAGGUGGCGAUGCCACUAUCGAGGACCUGUCCUCUAAACUCAGCCGCAUUGUUCAGCUGACCGGUUUCUCUGACCCUGUAUAUGCUGAGGCAUAUGUCCAGGUGCAUCAGUUCGACAUUGUCUUGGAUGUGUUGAUCGUCAACCAAACAACCGAAACUUUGCAAAACCUGUCUGUAGAGUUUGCCACACUUGGAGACCUGAAGGUUGUCGAGCGCCCAACAACACAGAACCUUGGCCCUCGCGAUUUCUUGAACGUCCAGGCCACAGUCAAGGUUUCCUCUACCGAUGCUGGUGUUAUCUUCGGUAACGUGGUUUACGAUGGAUCGAGCUCUACAGAGACCCACGUGGUUAUUUUGAAUGAUAUCCACGCUGAUAUCAUGGACUACAUCCAACCAGCCAGCUGUACCGAGACUCAGUUCCGAACAAUGUGGACUGAAUUUGAGUGGGAGAAUAAGGUCAACAUUAACUCUAAAGCAAAGGAUCUCCGCGAGUUCCUGAAACAACUGAUGGAAAGCACCAACAUGACAUGUCUAACACCAGAUGCCUCCCUCCAGGGUGACUGCCAGUUCUUGAGUGCGAAUCUGUACGCUCGUAGCGUGUUUGGUGAGGAUGCAUUAGCCAACUUGAGUAUCGAGAAAGAGGGAGAAGACGGCCCGAUUACCGGAUUCGUACGGAUAAGGAGUCGUUCACAGGGACUUGCCCUGGCUUUGGGGUCUCUUAAAGGCUUGAAAGCUUCCGUAGCUUAG